AUGGCAUGUCCUUCACGAAAAUGUUCCAUAAUUGCGGCAGCGCUCUUCGACGUCGAUGGAGCCGAAUGGAGGCUCAGUCAAGUGCAUACCUUGCUGACCGCAUCUACAGCUUUUAUCGAAUCUGCUUCUCCCUCUUUUUAUUUCACCGUCCUUACUUGCAAAUCAUCUUCACUUUUUUCGUCCUCCCGUUCUUCACAACACCUUUCCUGGGCGCGUCGUACUUCUUUCCUGUUCUCCCAUUUCCGCCUUCACAGAUACACAUGCAGAUCAAAACCUACCGGCCGUUAG